CUUCGGCAUUGACUCGGAAAGAGGAAAGAAAUUUCACUCAUCAUUUCAGCCGCUAUCAGAAGGUAAGUUUAGUUUGGAAUUGCGUAAAUAGCAGAAACUGCGUUUUUCUCUGCGCGAUUGCAGGAAUAGAUCAUUUGCUCUUUUGCUAUCGGUGCACCUAUAUCUUUUCCUUGGCUUACCUUCUUGCAAUCAACCAUGUCUUCCUUUGCUUCUUCGUCGUCUAAUCCGGAAUGCACUUUUGAGUACGACGUAUUUUUAACUAUCAGCCAUCCCAAACAUAAUGUGAAAACCUGCUUGGAAAAAUAUUUUAGGGAUGUUGGAAUCAAACCUUUGAUAGAUGAUCAGAUGGAGGAGUUUCUCGUGCACGACAUAGUGAAGUGCAGAAUGAUUGUGGUUGUUUUCACGCCACAGUUCCUUGAGUCCGACAUGUUUCUCAAGAGAAUUGUGACUAUAAGGAAGUGUCAAAAACUUGCGCAAAUAAAAGUUUCGCCUGUGUUCUGUGGAUUGAGCGAGGAACAAGUACGUGAGCAGUUGGAGCGUGUGGAUCAGAGAAGAUUAGAUAGUUGGGAUUUGGAUAUGGAGUCAGGAGGAUUCGUUGCUGAAGCUGCUUCGCUUUUGGAUUCAGCAACAGCCAUCGCUGAAGCUGCUUCGUUAUCUGAUUUGGGGGAUAAAAUCAGCAAUCUUAUUGCAAAGUUAAACAAAUCCUUGUUUCAUGAGGAAUUGUUUCACGACCUUCAGCAACAUCAAGCAGGGUUACAACGUCAUCUUAAGGAAUUGCUUGAUAUCUUGAGGCAGGCACACCUUACUUCUGAAGAUACGUUCAUAGUUGGAAUUUGGGGUGACGGAGGUAUUGGUAAAACUACAAUUGCAAAAACUUUCUAUGAUAAAAUUGGCAGUAAUUUUGAGGGUAAAAGUUUCCUUGCAAAUAUCAAGGAUGUAUGGGAUAACCGUAAUGGUAGAGUUCUCAAAAAGCAGCUUAUUUCAGAUAUUUCUGAAGUUGAAAUUGAUGAGAAAAAAGAUGUCCUAGUGAUUCAUGAACAAAUGAUGAAAGUACUCCAUGGAAAAAGAGUCCUAGUAGUACUUGAUAACGUAAAUAGUGGAUACCAGCUCAUGGAAUUGUGUGGAAAUAUGAGGUGGUUUGGUAGAGGGAGUUUGAUAUUCAUUACUGCAAGGAAUAAGGAUGUCUUUAAAAAUUUUGUUGAUGUAUCAUAUGAAAUGAAAAGGUUAGAUAGUGAUGAGUCCAUUAAGCUCUUCAACUGGCAUGCAUUCAAGAGAGCUACUCCAAAGGAUGAUUUUGAGGAUCUUUCAAAUAAAGUCGUUACUUUUUGUGAAGGACUGCCAUUGCUUCUUGAAGUUAUUGGCAGUAUUUUGCAUAAUAGGACAUUACCGGAGUGCCAAGGUGUAUUGCUUGAAUUGGAUCAAAUUCCUUAUGGUCAAAUGCAAAGAAAGCUCUAUGUUGGCAUUGAAUUUCUAACAGAUUUAGAAAAAGAUUUGUUCUUUAAUAUAGCUUCUUUUUAUGUGGGUCAGAGUAAAACCUAUGUUACAAAGUUGUUAAAAGACUUAAGAUUUCCUGUGGAAGUGGGAAUGCCUGUACUCUUUGAGCGUAACCUUGUAAAGGUCAUAGAUGACAACCUUUAUGUUCAUGACUUGUUUCAAGAGAUAGUAAGAAGUGGUCCUGACAAGCCAAAGCUCAAAUAUAGUUAUGAUGUGUUCUUGAGUUUUAGAGGUGAAGAUACACGCAAAUCCUUUGCUACUCAUCUUUACUCUGCUCUAAAGCAAGCAGGUAUUGACAUCUACAUGGAUGAAGAACGAAUUGAAAGAGGAGAAGGUAUUUCAUCUUCACUUCUGCAAGCAAUUGAAAGUUCUAAAAUUUCAAUAAUUAUACUAUCAAAGAAUUAUGCUGGCUCUAGUUGGUGCUUGCAAGAAUUAAAGAAAAUCAUGGAGUGUUACAAAACAACUUAUCAAGAGGUGUUACCAAUAUUUUUUGAUGUGCGACCAUCUGAAGUACGGAAGCAAACAAAUUCUUUUGGAAAAGCAUGGGAAAGACUUGUCAAGAGAACUUUGGGUAAUGAAGUGGAGAACUGGAAAAGUAAUUCAAAGAGAGCCCUCAUAGAAGUUGCCAAUUUAUCUGGGUGGGAUAUGCAUAACUACAGAACUGAAACUGAGCUGAUUGAUGAAGUCAUUGAAACUAUUACAAAGAAAUUGGGUGACAAUAAAAGCCUAUUUGUUGCUCGCCAUCCAGUGGGUUUGAAGUCUCGUAUGCAAGCCAUCCUUCAAUUGCUACGAAGCAAAACAAAAGAUGUUAUCAUCGCAGGGAUCUGGGGAAUGGGGGGAAUUGGUAAGACAACGAUUGCUAAAGCCAUUUACAAUCAAGUUGGUCAAAGUUUUGAAGGAAAGUGUUUCCUUGCAAAUGUUAGAGAAGUUUGGAAACAAGAUAAUGGUCAAGUUUACUUGCAAGAACAACUGCUUUCAGACAUUUUCAAAUCAAGAAGAAGGGCACUACCAAAUGUAGAAAUGGGGAAAACUCUAUUAGAAGAAAUGCUUUGUAAGAAAAAAGUACUUGUUGUACUUGAUGAUGUCAACAAUGAAGACCAACUCAAAGCAUUAUGUGGAAGUCGGGAAUGGUUUGGCCAAGGUAGUAGAAUCAUAAUUACAACUCGAGAUGAACGUUUGCUCAAGAUCCUUAAAGUAAUUCAUGUAUAUACCAUGAAAGAAUUGGAUGACAAUGAAUCUCUUGAACUUUUUAGUUGGCAUGCAUUUAAACAAGCAACCCCUGAACAGGAUUUCAUUGAAAUUUCAAGAAGGGUAGUUUUUUACUCUGGAGGGUUGCCACUGGCUCUAGAAAUUCUUGGCUCUCACUUGUUUGAUAGAGAAAUAGAAUUUUGGGAAGAUGUUUUGAAGAAAUUACAGCAAAUUCCGGAUGGUCAAAUACAUGAAAAGUUGAAAAUAAGUUAUGAUGGUUUGAGUGACAAUACAGAGAAAGAUGUAUUUCUUGACAUAUGUUGUUUUUUGGUUGGAAAGGACAGAAGCUAUGCUGUGGAAAUAUUAAAUGGUUGUAGACUUCAUGCAGAAAUUGGAAUUAGUCGUCUAAUAGAAUUGAGUCUUGUAAAGGUUGGCAACAAAAAUAAGCUUGAAAUGCAUGACUUAUUACGUGAUAUGGGAAGAGAAAUAAUUCGUGCGGUGGCACCAGAUGAGCCUGAGAACCGGACUAGAUUAUGGUAUCGUGAUGAUGUGCUGGAUGUUUUGAGAGAGAGCACUGGAACAAAAGCUAUUAAAGGACUAGCUUUAAACAUGCCAAAGAACGAUUCAGUAUCCUGCAGUGCAAAAGCAUUUAAGGAGAUGAAGAGGCUUUGUUUGCUACAGCUUAGUCAUGUACAACUUGAUGGAGACUAUAAUUAUCUAUCAACAGAGUUGAGAUGGCUUUGUUGGCAUGGAUUUACCCGGGAGAACAUGCCAAUGAACUUGUGCCUGCAAAAAAUAGUUGCCGUUGACUUAAAGUGGAGUAAUCUCAUAAAAGUAUGGGAGAACUGUCAGUUGUUGGAGAAGUUGAAAAUUCUAAAUCUGAGUCAUUCUCAUUACUUGAUUGAAACGCCAAAGUUUUCAAAGUUACCAUAUCUUGAAAAGCUAGUACUCAAAGAUUGUUCACGUCUGUCUACAAUUCACCCUUCCAUUGGUAAUCUUAAAUAUAUUAUCUUGUUAAAUCUAAAGGACUGCAAAAGCCUCAAACGCCUCCCACGCAGUGUAUAUAACUUGAUAUCCUUGAAGACCUUAAAUAUUUGUGGGUGUUCAAAGAUUGAAAAGCUAGGAGAAGACAUUGGGAAGAUGGAUUCUUUGACAACUUUGGUUGCAAAUCAAACUGCUAUAACGCAAGUUCCAUUCUCGUUAGUGAGAUUGAAAAGCAUUAAAUGUGUGUCUUUAUGUGGUUAUGAAGGAUCAUCGCGAGAUGUAUUUCCAUCUCUUGUUUUGUCUUGGAUGUCACCAUCACAUCGUUCAAGGUCCUUGUCUCGAGCAUUUCAGAUCUUGCCAUCUCUAACUAGGGGUAUAUCACAUCUAUUUGCUAGAAGCAAUGAUAGUUUUGAACCAAGGCAAAGUACAGCUCAAGCUUUAUGUCAAAAAGCUCCAACAUUAAUUGAAUUUCAUGCACAAGUUCCCAUUAAAAGCUUGGAAACAUUUAUCAGUUCUCUAACUAUUCGUGUCAGCGGCUUCAACAGAGUUGUUGAUACACUUUUAAAGAGUAUUUCACAGGGAUGCAAUGAUGAUGGGCUUGACUUUUCUCUUCCAAUGGACAAUUAUCCGGAUUGGCUAGUUUUUGUAAAUGAAGGAUCAUCAGUAUCAUUUAAAGUUCCUCAAAUUGUUGGCCGUUGCUUGAAAGGAGUGGUCCUCCACAUUAUCUAUUUACCUCUUCAAGAUAGCAUGUCAUCUGUGUAUCCCAUCGGUGUUAUGAUAAAGAAUUUCACCAAAACUACCAUAGAUUUCUACAAGCGAGAUGCUGGAACGGGAACCACUUCUGCUGAUGAAGAAUGGCAGAAGAUAACAUCUAAUUUGGAGCCUGGAGAUGACGUGAAAGUUAAAGUUGAAUUUGCACAUAAAUAUAGUAUGAAGAAGACUGCAAUAUAUCUUAUAUAUGUUGAAGAAACUAAUGAACUGAGCAUCACGGAGUUAAGUUAAAGCAUACACACGAAGGAUUUGCUUGUACUUAUUCUAAGCAUAUUGUGAUGUUUGUUUCUCGCAAGGCUUUGCUUAAACAACCGGUGAAGGAUAGUGUCGCAAGGUUCUCUUACUCCUAGUUUGGAUGGGAAGAAAAUUAGAGAAGAAAGAAUACUAGCAGGGAAAACGGUCAAAAGUGGUUUUAAAAAAAAUGUCGAGAAAAUCAAAAAAUAAAUGAAUGGAAGAUACCCCUCAAUAUCUGUCACUGUAACUUGAUUCCACUCUCAUUUCUGGCACACAGAAUUCCCAGAAUUAAUUGGUUUUCAAGGUGAAGUAUACAUUGCACGGACUGGAAAUUUCAUGACUGCCCUCGAUUAGUAUUUCAAGUAUGAGAAUUCAGCAAAGUCGUUGAUACCCUGUUGAGGAUUAUAUCUCACAGGUUUUAUUAUCUCUCUGUCUCAGUAAAGAUUUCUGUUAGGCUUCUAUAAUUCAUAUUUGUAUUUCCAUGGAGUAACUAUAGCAUUAGUCCAACACACACGCGCACGCGCGCGCGCACACCCAUUAAGGUUUAGAGUUCUCAGCCCAAGUGACUAUAGUGUUUCCUCCUGUCUCAAUUAAGUGGUGUGCCUUUCUUCCUUUUGUUCAUGGAAUAGGGAUGAAUUGAUACAAAUGGCGGUUUUCUUUGCUCAAAAGGGAAGAACCAACUUGUGCUUGAAGGACCUGUCAUCCGCGUCAAUUUUUGGCAAAUGAUAAUUUAUUAUGGAUUCAAAAACAUGGAUCACUUGCUUGAAACAUUAAAGAACACGAAGGAGGAGAAGAAAAAUUUAUCUGCAAAUGGUGAAGCCAAGAAUCACCCGAAGAAUCUGAAAACAUCAAACGAUGUGGUAGAGAUCCUUCAUAUGAUUCUGUUAACUCUUCGGGGCUGCCGACUUCGUCCCCUCCUGCGAGAGGAUUGGCGAUUGCGCUGGGGAUUGUGGGGUUAUUGGUGAUCUUGGGGGAGCAUUACUUUUUGUGGCAACAUGUCACUUUAUUCAGUCCAACUAAUAUUAGGUGUUGCCAAAAUUAAUUGAUUAUUGAUGGAAUGUGAUUACCUCUAAUUAAUUGAAUGUGAAAGAAGACAUAUAUGAAGUAUAAAUAGGUGUGAGCCUGUGAGGCAGAAUUAAAUGUUA